AUGUUGACAAGACUAUUCAACGAUCCUUCCCUUUUGCCGGACAUGCAGAAGUUCCCGGCAUGGGUAGACGACAGCGGGAGUGAAGACUCCAAAACUAAAGAGGAUGAACAGGACCACUGUCGCCUAGGCGACGAGGACUUGGAUGAAGUAGAUGUGAAAGGCGGGGGUAGUCGCGCGCAGUCGGAGAUUGCCGGGGAGGAGGAAGAGGAUGAGGAGGAGGAGGAUGUUGACGAAGAUGAUUGUGGGGAUGAGGGGGAGGGCGACAGGCCCAAAAAGCGAGGGCCAAAAAAACGCAAGAUGACGCCGGCAAGGAUAGAGCGCUCCAAGGUUCGGCGUCAAAAGGCCAACGCUCGGGAGCGCACCCGUAUGCACGACUUAAACUCAGCACUAGACAAUCUGCGUAAAGUGGUGCCGUGCUAUUCCAAAACUCAGAAACUCUCAAAAAUAGAAACACUAAGGCUGGCUAAAAACUACAUCUGGGCACUGUCAGAAAUUCUCCGUAAUGGGAAGAGACCGGAUGUGGUUUCAUAUGUGCAGACACUAUGCAAAGGGCUUUCCCAACCAACGACCAACCUAGUCGCAGGUUGUCUGCAGCUGAACUCGCGGAAUUUUUUAACGGAACAGUGUCAAGAUGGAGCUCGCUUUCACAUGCCCAACCCCCCCUUUUCAAUGCACGCCUAUCCAUACCAGUGUUCUCGUCUGUCCAGCCCGCAGUGCCAGCCCGGGUCCAACACGCAUAGCCUCCGGAACCACCCCUAUUGUUCACCUUAUGAGGCUGUCUACACCGGAGGAGCCUCCCCAGAAUACAAUAGUCCAGAUUAUGAAGGGCAGCAUAGCCCACCAAUGUGUGUUAAUGGCAAUUUUUCGCUGAGGCAACAGGAGUCAGUUUCGCCAGAUGCAGAAAGAGGCUAUCACUAUUCUAUGCACUACUCCGGUCUGUCUGGGUCACGUCCGCCCGCAGCGCACGGUCUUACGUAUAGCACAUCCGGGGCGCGCAGUGGCGGAAUGCACUCAGAAAACGUCGCACCGUUCCAUGAUAUGCACGUGCAUCACGACCGUGCUCCUGCAUAUGAGGAAUUGAACGCUUUUUUCCAUAACUGA